UGGAAAAACCAACAAGGAAAUUCAAGAUUAAUACGACUUUUUAAGCUAUUUCCUUUAACUGCAUAAAAUGGUUUUCAAGGUAUUAUAAAAUAUAUAUUUGUUUCUCUGUAAUUGCAGAUGUCCUUGUUUAAUACUCUAUGUUUCCUGCAGCUGAGUCUGGAGCCCAGUUCCAGCACCUCCUACUGGUUUUACUGCUCUACAUCCCAAGUGUGACCAUCGUUGUUCCCAGUAACCUGCCCGUUUUCAUGGCCAUGUGUGUUUUGAUGAGUUUCGGCAUGCCAACGUUGUUCUUGCUGCCCUGGGACCUGGACCCUGUGUUUCCUCGUGUUCUGCCUUCUGCAGUCGUUUCGCUGGAGGCCUGUCUGUUGGAAUUUCAGCCAUGGCAUUACAGUCGGCGGGCGACAGAGCCGGUGCGUGUAACCAUGGGGACGGAGCGGAGACGGCGCUGAUUGUGCUGUUCUCGCCAGUCCCCAUCGCACUUCAGCUGAUAGGGACGAUUUGUUUCACUCCUACCCAAACAGUGAAAGGCAAUGUGUGCACCAGCAGGGACAAGACAGCCGAGAACAGUAAAUUAACUUUUAGUUACUGCAGUCAUUAACGAGAGGAGGCCACCAAUAAAGCUACAGCAAGGAGCCAGUCUGCUGGGAUGAACAUUAUAUAUAUGUACACACACACACUCACACACACACACACACACUCUAUUCUCACCC